UUUCGGGGGGCUUUUGCACUCAAAUCGUAUCAAGAACCGGUGCUUGUUUCCAGUACGGAUAGUGUUGGCACAAAGUUAAAGGUCGCGUUUAAAGUGGGGCGGCAUGACACCGUUGGCUUUGAUAUUGUCUCACAUUGUGGUAACGAUAUUGUUGUUCAGGGAGCGGAACCGCUUUUCUUUUUGGAUUACAUCGGCAUCAGCAAGGUAGAGCCAGCGGCGAUUGAAGGUAUUGUGACUGGUCUCGCAGCGGGAUGUCGAGAAAUUGGUUGCGCAUUAAUCGGCGGUGAAAUCGCAGAACUUUCAGAUAUUUAUACGCUCGGUGAGUACGAUUUGGUAGGGACUAUUGUCGGCGCGGUUGAGAAAGCGGACGUGAUUACAGGUGAAAAGAUUACCCCUGGCGAUCAACUCAUCGGAUUAGGCUCGGCAGGUUUGCAUACCAACGGCUUUUCACUGGUCCGCCGCAUUCUAUUUGAUAGAUGUGGCUACGAUGUUGAUACCUACAUCCCUGAUCUUUCUGCUACAGUUGGGGAGGCACUGCUGGUGUCCCACAAAAGUUAUGUGAGAUCUAUUCUGGAACUUCGCAAGGUCUGCGAGAUUAAAGGGAUUGCCCAUAUCACUGGCGGUGGGUUGCCUGCGAAUGUGCUACGAAUUCUGCCGGACGGGUGUCUCGCCGAUAUUCGGAAACGGACAUGGGAGAUUCCGCCUAUUUUCCCGUUUUUACAGGCGAAAGGCGAUGUUGAAGAGACAGAGAUGUAUAGGGUCUUCAAUAUGGGAGUUGGUAUGGUAGUCGUACUUGCUCCUGAUACUGUUGAUGCCGCCUUAGCGUCGCUUAAUGCCUCUGGAGAGUCUACUUUUCUCAUUGGCGAAGUGGUCGCUGGCGAAAAGGGGGUGCAAGGUGUCGGUUCCUAA